CAAGAAACCAACCUCAUAGUGCAUAAUUAAAAUAUAUUGGACAACAGUUUAGCCGCAAGAAAACUACGUGAGGAUCUGUCGGGCCACGGGUGCUGGGUUAGCUGCUGUGUUAGGUAGGUUGAUCAAACCAUGGCGAAAGUUCAGGUGUUAAAUGUCGCAGUUCUGGACAACCCGAGUCCGUUUGGGAAUCCGUUUCAGUUCGAGAUCACAUUCGAGUGUAUGGAGGACCUUCCAGAAGAUCUGGAGUGGAAGAUCAUCUACGUGGGCUCCGCAGAGAGUGAGGAAUACGACCAGACACUCGACUCCGUUCUGGUUGGUCCUGUACCUGCUGGUCGACACAUGUUUGUGUUUCAGGCUGAUGCUCCAAACACAGCUUUGAUUCCUGAGAGUGAUGCUGUGGGCGUGACUGUGGUGCUCAUUACCUGCACCUAUCGCGGACAAGAGUUCAUCCGCAUCGGUUAUUACGUCAACAACGAAUACACUGAUCCUGAGCUGCGUGAAAACCCGCCCCUCAAACCGGAUUACACACAGCUCCAGCGGAACAUUCUGGCCUCCAACCCUCGAGUCACGCGCUUCCACAUCAACUGGGAAGGCAGCGCUGAGAAAAUGGAGGAUUCCGAAAACGUAGACCCCGCCCCAAACGCCAUGCUCCCACCCACCUGUCUCCCGGGAAAGGCCCCGCCCCUGGGACUUAUGCCGGACAACUCCAUGGACUGCCUCUAGAGUACGCUGUUGUUUAACGCACUCCGAUGCAAAACACAUUCUCAUACUCAUAAACUCACGCCCACAAAGACCCCACACCCGGGUCUUUGUGGGAUUUGAGCUGUGACUAUCAUUUGGAAAGGACGGGUUACGCACAUGCACGAAUGCACACACACACACACACACACACACACACACACACCUACCUAUCCUACAAGUAUCUGCCUUACAGAACUCACAGUGCCCCACCGGACUCAUUUCAGAAUGUUACUCUGCACUUAUCCUCCUGACCACAAGGGGGCAGUCUGACUCAUGCAGUUCAUACUGUAAUUUUUCUGGACCACGCAUGGAAGUUUGUGUUGCCAACAAGGAAAACAAUAAACAGAGAGAGAGAGAGAAAAGGACUGUAGUGGACUGAGAUUAAUUGUGGAGGAUGCCAAGUGGAACCUGAUGUGGAAACAUUGUGAAAUCUUUGAAAUACUGAGCAUAGAAACACGCUAUACGUAGACAAAAUAAAAUAACCCCCUGUUCUUCCUACCCGUUUUAUUUUCGCAAAUCUUGCCCCUU